UUUUUUAUUAUACGCAUUUUUUUAUAAGAAACUUUUAUAAGCAAGAAAGUAGAUACGUAUAAAAAUGAAUACGUGAAGUAAUUUUUUUUUUACAUUUUUAUUUUAAUAAGAACAAUAAGAAAUAAGAACAAAAAACGGAGAAAAUUUAGGCUGAUCAUGCAAAGCAAAAUUCCCUGGUUUUUCAAGAAAAUUGUGCCUUUGAGUGCGUCGUAUGUUUUUACAUCCGGUGUAGCUAUGCCGGUUCUCUUGGUUCGUUCAGAUCGAUGUUUUUUAAAAAACGUUCACUUCAGAAAAAGCAUGUCAUCUGUAAGGUAAAUUCUUUUUACAAUUUAGGCUGAGUUAGCAUAGUUUAUAGCAACCUAUGUUAACUCGUUCUUGAAAAUAUUGAAAAAUAGUGAUCUCUGAACUCAUCAAUCGUUCCGUGGUUGGUGAAAGGUAUCUGUAAAUCUACACCAACGUUGUGUUUUUAUUUUCUAAUAUAUUUUGUUAUGUCAUUUUACUGCACAUCAUAUAACGGCUUGUUUACCCUGACGACGUAGAGUUGUUGAGAAGUCAGGGUCACGGUGCUUGUUGUAACAAAGUGAGUGGGAUGCUGCACAACAAAAAAGAUUGUCGCAGAGAUUAUAUCCUCCACAAGGGUUGCAUGACAAAGUUAUACAACUAUUCUAAUUAUGAGACUUUCGUGGAAACGAAGGUGACAACGAUAAUGGCGUUUGCGCACGUGAUAUUAUUAUCUCCAUAAUUAUCUCCAUAAUUUUUGAGAAGAACUAGCAGCAACGUUACUGGGCAGAAUGUUUGCUACACAGGAUUUAAAAUUUGGGUUUGGGGAUCAGCUUGUGAAAUAGGAACUUUAGAAAUAAAGGAAAAUUAUUGGCUCGACCAAAAGUGAUACCACGUGACACACUGUUAAAACGCGCACUGUGUAACCUACUUCCCAGGGCCCUUUUUGCUUCUUAAUUUAUCUCCAAAAAAGCGGAAAGGGGUCAGAGGGACGAGGUUGCAAAGUACUUUGCGUUUUUUAUUUCUUCAUCUUUGUGUUUUUCUCAGUUCUGUGUUCUAGUUAUGUAAGAGCGAGGUGUUAAGCAUGCAAUGUUUUUUUUAUAUUAUUGUGUAUAAAAAAUUUCCCAGUAGCUUAUAAAAACGAGAAAAAAAGGUGAUUUACAAUUUCGUGAAACAAAGUUUUCAGUUUCCAGUCCGAUUUAUUUUUGUAUCCAACUGACGUUUUAACGUAGCUGUUUUUAUUUGAUAUCUGAGAAGUUUGUUUGUUAGUUUGGCAACUAAAAAAUAUUUUUUUUCUCAACGUUAACCUGAUACUUAAAUUUAUAUAUUUAAAUUCUUAGAAAUAUAACGUCGAGUAUUCUGACUAUAAGUUUUUGUGAGAAACACCCCUCGCUCUAUACUAUUGUUGCUUCUGAAAGUUUCAACUGUGUCUUAGGUGAAAAUAAAAUUUUUUUAGCCUUCAUUUCAAAACUUAUGUUUGCGUUUAACGCAAGGUGAAAGCCAUCUUUGUUUCAUUUCAUUCGCCCUCACAUAUGUCUGUUGCGCAUGCAGUUUCAGUAAAAAAGGCAAGCCACGAACAUUAUUCAAAAAUCCCUCACGUAUUUAGACAAUUGGUUUACUUCAUAUGAAUAUUAAAUUUUAAAGUAUAAAUACUCGUAAAUAAAAUAUUAACAUCCAAUUUAAUACUUUAAACCAGAAAAUUAAUCAGCAUGAUUUUUGUUUUUCAAAUCUUCAGGUUUUUACCAUUUUAACGCCAUCAAAAAACGCGGUCAUAUUUGUGAUCAUGUUCGAUAGCAUUCAAAAGAAUUUGCAGUGGCCAAGCAUACUAUUCGAAUGUACAACAACAGAUUGCUACAUAAUGAAACCUUGUGAUGGCUUCUUUCAAUCCCACAUCAAGUAGUAAUGAAUACACUCGAUGUAAGAAUUGUGGUUCACAAGUUCUGAACGUCGAGUUAAAGAUACUACCGUGUUUGCAUUCAUUCUGUGCGAGCUGUUUACAACGCCGUGUUCUACGAUCUUUGACCGGAGAGCUUAGUUUAUCUUGUCCGACUUGCAAUCGAGACGUAAAGUUGAGUGAAGAUGGCGGCGUAGCAGCGCUGCCUUCAAGCUCUCUAAUUCAAGAUUAUUUCGUGGAUGUUGUCGUUUCUCAUAGUGGUGAUCCAUUAGACACACAGUCAAAGCCACAACCUUUAUCAACAAUGUCAAGUUCAAUGUUGUCAUGGAUAAAUAAAAACACGCAAGAAACACAUUCUUUUUCACGCUCCUCACAACCAAAUUUUGGCUUCGGAAGUGGAGGAAAUUCAAUCGAAUGUACUGCCUGUGACGAGGGUGAAAACGCCAGUUAUAUAUGUCGUCAUUGUAAUGAAUAUUUAUGUGAUCACUGUGCUAUGGCACAUCAGAGAGUACGUUUAACAAAAGUUCAUGAAAUUAUCAAGCUACGAGGAGAUCAAAUCCGUGAUAUUUUUAGUUCACAAACGCAAAGUCCUGUAUUAAAGCAUCGACAAGAUGUACCAAAAACUGGUUUUUCUUCACUUGGGUCACCAGUAAGCUCCUUGUCUUUCAGUUCAUUUAACCUGGGGACUAGUAUUACACAACCUCUUCGAGAUGCUCUACCAUCUUAUGAGACCACAGCACCUUUACAGACUCCAGCUUCAUCUUUAAAGUCUACCCCACUUUCAUUGGCACCAUCUACAACACAGACAUCAAAAUCUCGAUUAUUUUGUGAGCUACAUGCAAGGGAACAUACUUUAUUUUGCAAUUUCUGUUUACAACCAGUGUGUAGAGACUGUGUAAACAAUAAUCACAAAGGACAUUCAAUUAAUUUUCUCACUUCUCCUAAUGUUGAUACAUCACCAAUUGGUAGCAACAAUGAAGUAGCACUGCGUAAAAUAGUCACAGAUUCCCGUGUAGAGAUUAAGGCCAUGGAGGAUGCUGUUAGUAGUGUUGAAAAUAUGAUUGAUAGUGUUGAAAGAAAGAGUCAGGCUGUUGUCAACGAUGUACAGGCUACUGUCAAGAAACAUAUGGUUGCUUUAGAGGAAAGGGAACGAGAACUGUUACAUAGGGUAGAGAAAAUUCGACAAGUUAAAAGUAAAUCAUUGCAUAUACAACUUGAACAUCUUAAAUUAUCAAUAAGUAAAUUAAAAAUAGCUGCUGAUUCAUCAGAAAUUGCACUUGAUAGGGGUAUGGAUAUAACUGAUUCAAGGGACAAUGUUAUGGACACACUUCAAAGCAUUAGAUCUCGCCGUUACAUGUUUCAACCUUAUGAAGAGGAUUUGAUACUGUUUACACCUCCUGACUCUGCACUACAAACAGCACUGAACUCAAUGGGUAUUAUCAGUAGCAGUGCAUUCCCUCCACUUUGCACUGCAAUAGGUGAAGGUUUACGACGUGGUAUAAAAGGGAAGGUAUCCAUGUUUACAGUAAUUGCAAAAGACCACCAAGGUGCUAAUCGAUGUAUUGGUGGUGAUAAUGUCCAUGUUGUUAUUGACGGUCCAGAUGGUCGUCAACUUACUGGUGAAAUUUAUGAUCGUCAAAAUGGCAAUUAUACUGUUACUUAUCGUCCUGUUUCAGAGGGUGGGCAUAUUGUAAGAGUGACCAUAAGAGGACAACCAAUUAUGGAUUCUCCUUUUUCAUUAACUGUAAAGAGUGGCCGCAACUAUAACAACAUUGGCCAGCCUUACUUUCAGUUUGGUGCUGAGGGAGAAGAUGGUGGGCAGUUGUGUCGUCCAUGGGGAGUAUGUUGUGACAGAGAUGGCAAUAUUAUUGUUGCAGAUCGGAGUAAUAACCGUAUACAGGUUUUUGAUUGUAAAGGAAAUUUUCUUCGCAAAUUUGGUACUGCAGGGUCAAGAAAUGGUCAGUUUGAUCGACCAGCCGGAGUGUGUGUUGACAGUCAAAAUCGAGUUAUUGUUGCAGAUAAAGAUAAUCACAGAGUUCAAAUUUUUAAGAUAGAUGGGACUUUUAUUUUAAAGUUUGGAGAAAGAGGGAGCAAGAAUGGACAGUUUACUUAUCCUUGGGAUACUGCAUGUAACAGUCAGGAACAAAUCCUUGUAUCUGAUACAAGAAAUCACAGAGUGCAAUUGUUUUCUGCAGAGGGUGUAUUUCUUAACAAGUAUGGUUUUGAUGGACCACUGUGGAAACAUUUUGACUCACCCAGGGGAGUAGCAUUUAAUCAUGAAGGUCAUAUUGUUGUGACGGAUUUUAAUAACCACCGUUUAUUAGUUAUUCAUCAAGAUUUUCAAACAGCAAGAUUCCUUGGCACAGAAGGUGGUAAUAAUGGCCAAUUUUUGCGACCUCAAGGUGUGGCUAUAGAUCAUGAAGGAAAUAUCAUUGUUGCAGAUUCAAGGAAUCAUCGUAUUCAAAUUUUCCAGCCAAAUGGUAAUUUUCUGUGUAAGUUUGGAUUAUAUGGUAGUGGAAUUGGUCAAUUGGAUCGACCAUCUGGGUUAUGUGUCACACCAGAGGGAAUGAUUUUAAUAGUUGAUUUUGGUAAUAAUCGAAUACAAGCAUUUUAAUACAUUUCCUUUAUAUUUUAAAAAGUUUUAUUUCAAGUUUAUUUUUUGGUCUUUAAAUGUUUGUUCUGAAAAACGUUUUGGUAUAAUAUGUUCUAAAACAUUUAACAAAUUUUUUUCUAAAAUAACUUUAACAUAUUUUGUUGAUGGUGAGUCAUACAAAGUAUUUACUAACAACUAUUAAAUUCUUCUGUUGUUUCUUCAAAAUGUUGUUAUGUUUUUCCUAAAAAAAACAAAAGCAAAACAUGUGACAUUAGAAAAAAAUAUUUUUUUAAAUAAAAGUAGAAAUAUUAAUUUCAAAAUAAAAGGAAUUAUUCUGAGUUAUUUUUGAUAAUUGUUUUUGAUAAUUAUCCUGUGAUUUAAAAUAUUAAAAAAUUAAGACUCAUUCAUUCUGUAAAUGAACACCAUACAUCCUCUAUUUGCCAAAGGAAUGGCCUUGUUUACUAAACUCUUCAUCAUAUUUUUUACCAUGGUAACAUUUUAAAGUGUUAGUCCAAAUUGAAAAAAGUAAAAAGUUUGUAGUCUUGUAGUCUCCUGCAUUUAUGUUCCAGUUAAUGUUUAUCUGCAAUCUCUUGUGAUAAAAAAAUUUAAAAUUUACAGUUUUUAAACUUCAAAUGAUAAUUAGUUUUUUAUUUGUUAUUUUUAAAUCUGCCUUCUUUGGUGUUAAAAUUAGAAAUAUUUUUAAAACUGCUGAUAAAACAUGCUCGAAUUGUAAAAGUUAUGAAUGAAAACUGUUUUUCAGGACAAACAAACACAUUUAAAUAUUAAGUGAAAUGAAUUAUGUUUUUUGCAGAUUUUUUUUAAAUAGUUUGUUGGGAAUCUUGCAAAGAUUUAUCCUUUAAAUAAAUAGUUUUUGUGUUUAUAGCACGCCAUUAGUACGUUAGGGAAUUUAUGUUGUUAUUCACAGUUUUAAAAAAUUGUGCUUUUAAAGUAUAUCAUGGUCUUGUAUUUUUUUUAACAGAAAAGCAAGCAAGACAUUUUCCUAUCCACAUAGUGGAUUUUUUUUACAACUUUCUCAUACAUUAAGUGUUUAUACAGAAUUUUUCAUUCAUUUUUUUUCAUUCAGAAGAAAAUUAACUGAAGUAAAAACCUGUUUCAGACUUUACUUUUCUCGAUAAGUCAGUUCCAAAUUUACAGGGUUACCAUGUCUCUCUUCUGCUGCUGUCUUCGUUAAAACGAUUACUCAUAUAUUUAAACCUGGUUUUCUUAUGUUAGUCCAACUUAUUGAGAAUGAGUUGAAUUGUUUUUAAAAUAACACCACCUUAUUAUUAACCACUUAUUUUUAUGAUGUAAAAGUAAAAACUGAGAAUUAUGAAAAAUUUAGAGCUAGCAUAUUGAACAGUAAUUUUUUGUUUGAGAUUUAACAAUCUCUUUGUUUAUACUGUUUUAAUUUUUUGGUUUUCGUUUAUUACCUAAAGGGCCUGUGAAAUGGAAAAAUCAUCUUUUGUUACUUUUCACCGAUUCCAGUGCCUUCAAAGGGGAAAAAAAGAGACUUCUUUAGCAUGAAAUUUUAACAUUUUUUUAUCGUUUACAUGAAACCAUAUAACUAUUUUUUUUUUGUAUAGACUGUAUUCGUGUAUAACAUACACGAAAACAUAAUUCUACAUUAAACAAAAUGUCAGUGAUUAUAAAAUAGCUGACGUCAGUAUAUUUAGUAAGUAGCGUUUUAGGUUUAAAUAUAUAAAUAUAUAUAUCAAAUAAGCAAAAGCUGUAUAUGUUAUCGUCCGUUAUGUAAAAGAUGUAACUGUAUAUAUAGUUUGUGAACGUAGCUUUUGUUUUAUAAGUAGAAAUAGUCUAGCAAACUUCAUCAAAUGAACACAUAUCUGCACGCACUGAAGUCCAACUUCAGCUUAUAUAUUUCAUAAAUCCAUUUUUUUUUUCUGUUGGCAUUACAAACUUAGGUUGUAUAAAACGAGCGAUGAUUCAUACCACAAUCAUGAUGGAAUCUAUUUCUGAUAGCUAGAAGUUAUUUUUAAUUUUUUUCUGCAAAUUAGUGGUUAAAAUGAAGAGAAGGUCUCUUUUCAUUCAAUACUAUUCUAUUAAAAACAUACGACCCUAAAAACAUUCAGUUUUUCAAUACAAUGAACUUUUUUGUUAUUUAAUUUUUUGUUUCUUCCGCUCGAGUAGAGGCGCCGUUUUUAUUCAUUUGUCUACCAUUUAUUGUUUCGAUAGCAUCCCCUUUUUGUUGUUGUUAAGAAUUCGCUAAACAAUUUUACACCUGUUGCUCGUGAGUCAUUAGGUAAAUUUAUUUUCACACCUGUGACAUUUUUUCACGAAAAGUGGUUCCCGUUGUAGAUACUUUUUUGCAGCUAUUGCUUCCCAACCUGGCUUUGUUUCUACGUCUUUAUUUAAAUCUUUUUCCAGCAUUAAAUUUUUUCACAAUAUAAAUCAAAUUUUAUAUUUACCCGGAAUAAAGUUGGCAAUUUUAUAUUUACCCGGAAUAAAGUUGGCCCCGUUAACUUUUGCAAACACGAAACAGUAACAUUUUUUAUUUACAUAAAUAUAAAACCAAUAUUUUUAUUGACUGAUACAACUUGUAUCUUUCUUUGUGAUUUCUCGUUUUGUUCAUACCUUUUUGAUUUUAUUUAAUAUAGCCUUAGACGUAAAUUGGUGUCUUAACAUCAUCCCCUCGCGCCACAGUUUAAUUUCAGUGGUUUUUAACAUUUUCUAGUGAUAUAAAUUUAUCGUUAUUUAUGUGGUUAUUUUUAUGUUAGUGCAUGUGAACACAGUUCAAUUCUUAAGUGUAGUGUGGCUAACCCAUUAAUUGUUAUUCUGGUAUUUAAAUUUUGAUUUGAUGAGAUGCGGCUUCCUGUUUGUACGACUUUUCUUCACAUUCUUUAAAUUUCUCAACUAUGACGAACGACUUUUUAUUGCUACAAGGACGUCCCAAAAUAAACACAACACUUAAAAAUUAAACUCAUUUUUUUUUCAGUAUUUUUUUGUUUUUCAACGUGCAAUGUAACUGCAUGUUGUUUAUAUAGGUUCGAUAUUUUAGUAUUCUUGUAUAUACAGCCGGAAGGCUUGAAAAAAAUUUAUUGUUUAGCCUGAAAGAUAAGGCGUAAAAAUUUUACUACUAUGCA